GUUUAGGUGUAUUUUUGAAGUUCCAUUAUCUUCAAAUUUGACAAGAAACUCGUUUUCAUGGAGGAAGAAGAAGAAGAGUCGUUCAUAAUGCAUGAUGAAUAGUGUGCUUUGGAAACAGAAAGUGGUUGAAUAACGUGCAUUUAUUUACUCUUGAAUGUGGGAGUGUAAUGCGUGUAUUUUGUUGGAUUUGUGCCAACUUAUAAGACUUGUAAUCAUAAAGACUUGUAUGUGUAGCAGCCCUCAUUUUUUUAUUCAAACAUAAUUUGUAAAUACUUUGACCAUAUGGUCAAGUAAUAAUUUAUUAUCUCUUACACACAGAUUUGACCAAAACAUAUUCCACAAUAGUGGCUCUAUUAUUGCUCUUCCUCUGGUACUAACACAGUAACACUCACGUUUACAUAAAAAAUAAAAUAUAUUUUUCCUUAAAAAUUACCAAUCCAGGAAAAUCAGCUCCAUAAUUCAUACCACUUUUCCCUGUUUUUGUCUGAGAAACAAGUUCCUUAAUACAACAAUGCAGAACUUGAAGGUUCUGCUAUGGUUUUGGUCUUUCCUAUUCUCACUUAUAUUAAGAACCUCCACUUCAAUGGACAGUAUAGCCCUGAGUCAGUCCAUCAGUGAUGGAGAGACAUUAAUUUCGCGCGGAGGAACCUUUGAAGUUGGCUUCUUUAAACCAGGAAACUCAAAUAGCCAAUACUUCGGCAUCUGGUAUUAUAAUGUGUCCCCUUUAACAGUAGUAUGGGUGGCCAAUAGAGAAAAACCACUCAACAACACAUCUGGAAUUCUAAAAGUCACUGAUCAAGGACUUGUUCUUGUUGAUGGCAGCACCAACAGCACUGUGUGGUCCUCCAACAUGUCAAGAAAAUCAGAGAAUCGGAAUCUAGUUGCGCAGAUCUUGGACUCAGGAAACCUUGUUGUUAAAGAUGGACAUGAUGAGAAGCAAAUUCUGUGGCAGAGCUUUGAUUAUCCCAGUGACACAUUCUUGCCAGGAAUGAAGCUUGGAUUGGAUCUUGUGACAGGCCUAGAGAGAUCUGUAUCGUCGUGGAAGAGCACCGAUGAUCCUAGCCGUGGAUACUACGAAGCUAAAAUAGACCGUAGAGGCUAUCCACAAGUAGUUAUAACAAAUGGAACCGUUAUAAUGGUUAGAUUAGGACCAUGGACUGGUCUUACUUUCUCAGGGGCUACACUUUACUUGCGCUAUACUCAACUGUCAAAUGAAUUUGUAUUCAAUGAGAAAGAGAUAUUUUAUGAGUACAAUCUUUUGAAUAUAUCUAAUUUUGUGAGAAUUGUGGUGACAACUUGGGGAAAUCUUCAGUCUUUUCAUUGGUUAAGACAAACCGGCAGCUGGGAGACUCUUCUUUCAAUGCCGGCGACACAAUGUGACAAGUAUGCAGUGUGUGGUGCAAAUUCUAUCUGUAGUGUCUUUAACACUGCAUUUCCAACCUGUGCAUGCCUGAACGGAUUUGAACCAAAUUAUCCUGAAAAAUGGAAGGAAUCACAUUGGUCUGAUGGUUGUGUUAGGAUCACUCCAUUGAGCUGCAGCAAAGAUGGAUUUAAGAAGCUCACAAACAUGGUGCUGCCUGACACAUCUUCUUCCUGGUACAACAAGACCAUGAACUUGCAAGAAUGUGAGGAUUUGUGUCUGAAAAAUUGUUCUUGCACAGCAUAUGCUAAUUUGGAUAUCCGCGGCCAAGGAAGUGGGUGCUUAAUUUGGUUUCAUGAUCUCAUUGACAUGAAAGAAGGGGUAAAUGAACUUUAUAUCCGAACAACUAUUUCAGAUCUAGAAGAUAAUCAGAACAAUGAUUCCAGCAAGAAGAAGCUAGCAGGAAUCAUCGUUGGAUCCGCAUUGUUAGUCAUGUGCUUAGUACUUGGACUGGCAAUCUAUGUAUGGAGAAACAAACCUAAGAAGCCAGAAAUAUUCUGCUGGAAGCAACAUGCUUGCAAAAUAGAAAAUGAGGAUGUUGAUCUUCCAAGCUUUGAGUUAUCAACCAUAGCUUCUGCCACUAAUCACUUCUCUAAUGGCAACAAAUUAGGUGAAGGUGGAUUUGGACCUGUGUACAAGGGUGUACUCGCAAAUGGGGUAGAGAUUGCUGUCAAGAGGCUUUCCAAGAAUUCUCAGCAAGGACUUCAGGAGUUCAAAACUGAAGUUCAGUUAAUUGCUAAACUUCAGCAUCGCAAUCUUGUAAAACUUCUUGGUUGUUGCAUUCAACAAAAAGAGAAGCUCUUGAUUUAUGAGUUCAUGCCCAAUAGGAGUUUGGACUACUUCAUUUUUGAUGAUUCUAGAAGAAAAUUAUUGGAUUGGGGCAAGCGAUUUCAAAUUAUUGGCGGGACAGCUCGAGGACUAGUCUAUCUACAUCAAGACUCUAGGCUAAGAGUCAUUCAUAGAGACUUGAAAACGAGCAAUAUCCUUCUUGAUAAGGGUAUAGAUCCUAAAAUAUCAGACUUUGGCCUUGCUAGGACGUUUGGAGGAGAUCAAACUGUGGCAAAUACAAAGAGAGUCAUGGGAACUCAUGGUUAUAUCUCUCCGGAGUAUGCAGUGCGUGGUUCUUUCUCAAUGAAAUCCGAUGUGUUCAGCUUUGGUGUAAUCGUACUUGAGGUAGUGAGUGCGAAGAGGAACAGGGAAUUCUCAAUUCCACACCAAGAUCUGAACCUUCUUGGAUAUGCAUGGAAAUUGUGGAGUGAAGGAAGGUCUCUGGAGCUGGUAGAUGAAUCACUUGGUGAUUCAGUUGAUGAAGCUCAAGUGUUGAGAUGCAUUCACAUAGGGCUUUUGUGUGUGCAAGAGAGACCAGAACAAAGGCCUAACAUGUCAUCAGUAAUCCAUAUGCUCAAUGAUGAUAAGCCGCUUGCUCCGCCAAAGCAGCCCGCAUUUUAUCCUCACCAAGAAAGUAGUUCUUCACCCAUAAACAAUGAAACCUGUUCAAAAAAUGAUGUUUCCAUCACAUUGUUAGAGGCAAGAUAGUAAUGUUUUUUAGUUUCAAUGCAAAUGAGUUGUGUAAUCAACUCAUAUAUCUAUUAGUAAUAUAUUAAAAUAAGUUACCUUUAGAUUUAUUAUUAGCCUUCUAAAUUUAUUGUCACUAGAGUGAGACCCGCGCAA